AUGGGGAAGCUCGACGACGAAGGCAGCCCCGAAGCUGUACCCUUAACUAGUCGGCGAUCGAAUUCACUCACCUCGCAAACCUCCACCGAUUCAGGCCUGUCCGUGGCCUCGGCGACCUUCCUCGAAGCUCACAAGGCAAGCAUGUUAGCCGCGGCCAACAACCAAGGAGAACAAGGGGACGAACAGGGCCAAGGACAGCGAUACCGCGAUAUAGAAGAUGGCGAUGGCUCAGACGAACCCUUCUUGCAUGGUCGGAAGAAGACAGUGACCUCGUCGAACCGGAUGCGUCGCGUUCUCUGGGCCCUGGGCUUGCUCUGUGUUGGUGGCUGGGUGCUUGCUUUCGUGCUGUUCUUGACAUCGAAGCGACCCGGCACCGCGGCACUCUCCUACGGACACUCUGUCACAUUGGAACAGAUGUUGAAAGGGGAGUGGUUGCCGCGGUCGCAUGCCAUUUCCUGGAUUGCCGGGCCAAACGGUGAAGAUGGACUUUUGGUCGAACAAGGCGAGAGCGGAGAUGGAUUCUUGCGAGUUGAGGAUAUUCGAAGCCGCAAGAACGAGCCCGGUGCUUUGAAAACCCGGGUGUUGAUGGAUAAAGCCCAGUUCCAGGUUGAUGGCGAACUGGUCAGGUCGGGUAUGACUUGGCCGAGUCCGAAUUUGGAGAAAGUUUUGGUCAUGUCUGACUACCAGAGUAAUUGGAGACACUCUUUCUAUGGUAAAUAUUGGAUUUUGGAUGUCGCAACUCAGGAGGCGGAGCCGCUGGACCACAGUGACUUGAGCGAUCGGGUCCAGCUGGCUCUUUGGUCGCCCCAGUCUGAUGCAGUUGUUUUUGUCCGCGAGAAUAAUGUCUUCUUGCGGAAAUUGUCUUCAAAGGAGGUGAUCCCCAUCACUAAAAACGGUGGUGACGACCUCUUCUAUGGUGUGCCCGAUUGGGUUUAUGAAGAAGAGGUAUUCCAGGGUAGAACUGGCACUUGGUGGUCGCAAGAUGGAAAGUUCCUGACUUUCCUGCGCACUAACGAGACUGCUGUUCCCGAAUACCCGGUCCAGUACUUCCUGUCUCGCCCUUCAGGUAAGACUCCGGAACCUGGCCUUGAGAAUUAUCCAGAGGUUCGACAAAUCAAGUACCCUAAGGCUGGUGCACCCAACCCGGUCGUGGACCUGCAGUUCUAUGAUGUCGAAAAGAACGAGGUUUUCUCCAUCGCCAUGCCGGACGAUUUUGCUGACGAUGACCGGAUCAUCAUUGAAAUCGUCUGGGGGACUGGAGGCAACGUCCUUAUCCGCGAGACCAAUCGUGAGAGUGACCUUGUUAAAAUCUUCGUUCUCGACACCAAGAAUCGAACCGGUAAGCUUGUUCGGACUGAGGAUAUUGCUGCCUUGGAUGGUGGCUGGGUUGAGCCCUCGCAGUCGACUCGUUUCAUCCCCGCAGACCCGAAAAAUGGCCGACCAGAGGAUGGAUACGUCGAUACUGUCAUCCAUGAAGGCUAUGACCACUUGGCAUACUUUUCUCCAAUUGAUAGUUCGGAGCCCAGAAUGCUUACGAAAGGAAAAUGGGAAGUUGUCAGCGCACCAUCUGCGGUUGAUUUGAAGAAGAACUUGGUCUACUUCGUGUCAACCCAGGAAGCGCCGACCGAACGGCAUGUAUACUCAGUCAAGCUUGAUGGGUCUGACCUUCAACCCCUGACCGAUACAUCCAAGCCUGGAUACUAUGGUAUUUCCUUCUCAGAAGGCUCUGGAUAUGGGUUGCUUACUUCCAAGGGACCCGCAGUGCCCUGGCAAGCCAUCAUUAGCACUGAUGGUGAGAAACUGGAGAUUGAAGACACUAUUGAAGAGAACCCGCACCUUAUUGAGAUGGUCGAGGACUACGCACUACCCGCAGAGAUCUACACUAAUGUGACGAUCGACGGGUAUACCCUCCAAGUGCUCGAGCGUCGGCCGCCGCACUUCAACCCGUCUAAGACAUAUCCCGUGCUCUUCUUCCUGUAUGGUGGACCCGGCUCUCAAACAGUUGACCGUAAGUUCACGGUCGACUUCCAAUCAUAUGUCGCCUCCAGCCUUGGCUACAUUGUUGUCACCGUCGAUGGACGGGGCACUGGCUUCAUUGGACGCGACGCCCGAUGCAUCGUUCGUGGCAACUUGGGCCACUACGAAGCGAACGAUCAGAUCGAAACGGCAAAGAUCUGGGCCAACAAGCCAUAUGUCGACGAAAGCCGCAUGGCUGUGUGGGGCUGGAGCUAUGGCGGGUUCAUGACCCUGAAAAUCCUCGAACAGGAUGCGGGCCAGACAUUCCAGUAUGGCAUUGCUGUAGCACCUGUUACUGACUGGAGAUACUAUGACUCUAUAUAUACAGAACGCUAUAUGCACACACCACAACACAACCUUGAAGGCUACGAGAAUGCGACGAUCUCCGAUGCCGCGGCCUUGGGCGAGAACACGCGAUUCCUGAUCAUGCAUGGUGUCGCCGAUGACAAUGUCCACCUUCAAAAUACGCUUGUCUUGAUCGAUAAACUCGAUUUGGCGAAUAUCGACAACUACGAUAUGCAGGUAUUCCCUGAUUCAGAUCACAGCAUCUUUUUCCACAAUGGCCACACGCUGGUCUACGAACGUGAGUUCCUUGAUACCCACCCGAAGGAACGGCACGGGAACGGAAUUGAACUAAUGUGGAUCGCAGGUAUUUCGAGCUGGCUCGUCAAUGCGUUCAAUGGCGAAUGGCAUCGUAUCGCGAACCCAAAGCCGGAGCACGACUCGGCAUGGAAUCGCGUGAAGCGGUCUUUGUCAUUUGACCUCCCCGUCUGA